AUGUAUCGCUAUGCUAUUGUUGCGUGUAAUAAUUGUCGAAAGUCUAAAUCCGCAUGUUCUGGAGAACCAAAUUGUCCGAGAUGUAAAUGGAAAGGUCUCACUUGUAUAUUCAAUGAGCAAAGUAUACGUAAGCGAGAGCGUUCAUCCAAAGCCAUAACAAAUAUAAUAACUAAUAAAGAUAGAUUUCAAUGUGUGUAUAAGUCUGGCAAUAUUAAAAAUAAAAAACUUGAUGAAUCGUUGGAUUUUUUUCACAAGAUAAAUCAUGAAUUUCUUUCAAUAUGUAGUAGUGGAAAUAAAGUGAUCGAUGAAUUUCUGACUUUAAAAGGGGAUCAAUUCAUAUGGAUUCCAUAUAAUCUUUUUCGAGAUAUUCAAUAUUUAUCCGAAGGUGGUUUCAGCAUGGUAUAUAAAGCUAAAUGGAAACAAAAUGAUAUUGUUCUCAAAAGUCUUUAUAAUUCCAAUGAUAUUAAUAUUGAAUUUUUGAAAGAAGUAGAAUCUCUUAAAAAAUUCAAAAAUCAUAAGGGUUAUGUUUCUGGUGGAAAUUUAUACGAUUAUUUGAAAAAAUCUUAUAAAAGACUUACUUGGAAAAAUAAAAUCAAGUUGUUACGGGAUAUUGCAAAAAG